AUGGAUGUCGACACGCUUCUCACGCGUCAGAUGGAGCUGCACACCUCCUUGCGGCAGCCCCCGAAGAGGCCGCAAGAUCUCGUGCAGCUCAUGGACAUGAUGCGCAACUAUAAGCACUUUUUUGGAUCGCUGCGCACCUUGGCGGAGCGUUCCAGCGUGGAGCCGGAGACCGUUUUUCAGGCCUUCAUGCACAUCAGCGUCGGCGGCACCGUGAACUUUGACCGACAGCAUCAAGACGGUGCGGUCCCCAUGCACCAGGCCAAAGUAUUGCCGCGCACCAAAGCGAUUGAGCUCGCCCCGAGGCUGUGCAAGGAGCUCCCGAAUCCGGAGCUGAUGGUGUAUGUGGGGCUCAGCCGCGACCUGCGCAACACGCUCCGCGUAAAGGUUGAGGACGGCAACGAUCUCAAAACGGCUGAGAAGAGCGUCUGCGAGGCGGUCGAGUACCUCAACUUCAUCAACAGUCGCGCGCACCACAACACAGAGAAGCUGUAUGCGCUCUACAUGGCCGAGGAUCCGAACUCGCUGUCCUCAUUGCUCGGCGACGGGGAGUCGUCGAUGGCGGCCUCGGGGGCAACCUUUCAAGAUACCUUCUCCUCGACAACCCUGAGCAUGCAGCUGCCCACGCUUGGCAACGACGGCGCCCCACUGGAGAACGAGCAGACGGCGCUGCCGAGCCCGCUGUCCUCUUUUAUACCAGAACUGAAGAAGCAGUGUGCCGCUGCAAGCGACGUGUCCUCCGUAAGCGGAGGCGCAACGAAGCGCCUCAAGGCGUCCCAGGUGCUCCUUGACUGGAUCGCAACAGUCCCAGCCGAGUACUUUGCACAACACGCCGAGGGCAUCGUGGGUGCGGUGUCGUCGACGCUGGCGCUCUUGGCCGCAGAAAAGCGGUCAGCGCUGUGCCGUUUGGGGUGCGACAUCAUCAUCAUGCUGAUGCAGCGCCUCUCGCCAGAGCCGGUGUUCAUUGAGGACGUUCAUCGCGGUACGUGCAGCGCGAGUCCGGCUACCUUCAGCGGCGCGCUCUCGAACUGGGUGUCGAGCUUGGCGAAGGGGAUUUACGUCACGAUUGCCGCCAUCUCCUCGGCGACCGACGCGGCCUUACGCGCCAUCGCUAUCCAAAGCCAUGGCCACCUAAAUGUGGUGAGGACGCUCUUGACAGCCCUUUCCGGUGGCGCACAGACGGAGCUGCGGCGAAAGUGCCUGGGCUAUUUGGCAUUGUGCGUUGUGGCAGCUCACCAGAAGUUUCCCGAGCGGGUGCGGGAGUUGGUGCACCUUCUAGGCCCCGUCGCCGUCAAGUACGUAGCAAACGGCGACUCACCGAGCCGCAAAAUGGCGCGCGCGCUCUGCUCGGUGCUGCGGGUGCUGGCCCCUGCCACGUCUCCGAGGGGGAGCGACAGGUUAUUGCAUAUUGCUGAUGAGCGCAUCGAGGUCCUUGUGCAGCAGGAGCGGCCUCAGGUUGAGCCCGCCGUUCUUGGUGGUCCUCAAGAGCUGGAGAACCUCCUCUUCGAGGCGGACACCUUUGUUUCCUCGAUUCGUUCCACCUUCUCUGCGGGAUCGCAACGUAGCCUGCUAUGCGGCAUACGAGGUCGCGGCCGCCAAGGGAGCUUUGGGGCCGAUCGAAGCGCACUUCAACGCGAUGCGGCGACGACGGACCGGGGAGUUCGUGGUCGUCAAAACAAGUUGGGUGCCACCGAUGCGGGCGCGACUGCGGGCAGUAAACCUUCGACCAAGCAUAGCGAAGGCAUCACCGCUGCUGCUCUUGCUGAGCUUCGUGUCACCGCUCGGUCCCCCACGUGCCAGCACACCACAGCGUGCGCGGUGCCUCACGGCCGCGCGACGGCGGAGGUGCAGGUCCCGACGCGCUCCGCUGUGGGCCGACGUAGUCUCUCGCCCAGUGGUGGCCUCAGCCCGACGUCUAACGUUGUUGCCGGACAAGCACGUACACGCAAAGUCUCAUCUCAUCGGGCAAAGAUGCGCCUUGGCAGCGUCUACGACGCCGAGGCAUUUCUCGGCAGCCACAAUGCGACUCCUACAAGCGCGGCAAAGCGCUCGGCGGCUGAGGAGUCGCCCCAUCGUUGUGUUGUGUCUAGGAAUACCUUGGCGACACAUGCACCACCGCUCGAGAGCGGCACUGGUGGCCACGAGAGCGGCGCCGGGCACGUCACCGCCGUCACUGCCGGCUCGAAUGGGGGCCACCAACCUAUCCUUCCAACGCUCACGUCCGCGCGGCGCCGCACACCGCAUGCUGAUCGCAUAGCUGCAGUGGAGGAGGGUGUGCUGCCCCCACCUCGUGGCGCGGCGGUGCUUAGCUCCGACCGACUCGUGCCUCUCUCCUUGCGGAACCACGUUGGCCACGACGGUGAAGCCGCCUGCCGAGGCCUCGUGUCCCCGAGUUGCUCAAGCGGCUCCGCAGCCGCGGGGCCAAACGUGCCGCGCAUCAGCCAAUCCCUGCGCCGCAAAAUCGAAGAGAACAAAGGCUCUUUGGGCUUGUGA